AUGUCAGCUUCUCAGUCACCGUUUGCGCUCCUCAUCGCCAUCACCCAGUACAAGUAUCCGAUCCAAUACAGAAAGCUGCACUCUCCCACCAGAGACGCUGAAGCUGUCAGCCAGUAUCUUCAGGAGGAGAUCGGAGCGACACCCUCCCGUAUCCGCAAGCUCUACGAUAGCUCUGCAACUCGCAAGGCGAUAAUCAGUGAGCUCAAAUAUCUUGCAAGACGCAAAGAUAUCCAGAAAGACGAUCCCAUCAUCAUAUACUAUGCUGGCCACGGCUGCGAGGUCAAGGCGCCUAAGGGUUGGGACGAUGCCGGCGAAUACAUCCAAGCUCUCAUACCUCAUGACUUCAACGAAAGCAAUCUCGACACGGCUCUUCCGGAUCGAACCAUCGGAGCCCUUCUCGCGAAAAUUGCGGCAGCGCAUGGCGAUAACAUUACUGUGAUUUUUGAUUGUUGUCACUCCGGAUCGAUUACUCGAGGGGAAACUUCCGCCGCACACGGAAAUAUACGUGGGCUCGGCAGAUUAGAAGGCAUUAUAUCCCCUCAAAUCGACGAAGAAAUAUGGGCUGACGUUGUGGAAAACCAUCGCGGACUCAAUCCUCAACAAAAACAUCACCACAGCAGCUUGAGAUCUCAUGUAUUACUCGCAGCAUGCGGCGCCAAGGAAGAGGCCACAGAGUAUUCCAGCGGAGGGGCCUUCACAUCGGCUCUUCUUAAGGAGCUCUACUCAGUCGGCCAUAGCCAAGUCACAUACGCCGAGCUGAUUCGUCGCCUCCCGUUAAUACCAGGACAAAACCCUCAAUGCGAAGGACACAAUGCUGGUCGUAUUUGCUUCGACUCCAAACCACCCGUACCAAAGAGGCAGUGGUUUGGCAUCAAGACUGGGACACAGAAUGGCCGAGUAUUCUACAAAAUCGAAGCAGGCACGGCUCAUGGAAUUACGGAAGGCGCGCAGUUUGCCGUGUAUCCCACUCAGACGCCCCUUCCAGAUGAGGCCCCGCUCGUGCACGUUGUUGCUUCGGUGUUCGCCGCUCAGACACGUGCAGGCACCAAAGAAGAUCUCCGGCUGUUUAUUCCAAAGAAUGACAAGGAUAAUUCUUCUUUCAAAGUCGUAUAUGAUACCCUUGAAGCGAUGAGCGAAGUUCAGGUCGAUCAAGCCGACCCUGCUCCCGCACCGGUAAUUACUUGUACAAAGAAGAGCAAGGCGGAGCUUGGUGUGCUACUCGAUGGAUCUAGGCUCUUUAUCGAGAUACUAGACCCGUUGAUCACAGUGCAUGGUUUGACAAGAUUGCAAUACCCACUCCCUCGCCAGAUUCCCUUGGCUGCUUCCUUUCUGCGAGCGGCUGCACACUAUCAUCGAUACCUGCAUCGUAUCCAAGGAACCAGUGGACUGCUCGAUGACAUCAAGAUUGAGUUCACCGAGUUGGCGUCUGACGGAAAUGGCUUCUGCAAGCCUACCGGAGACAACAUGAUAGGAGCCGGCGUGGUUGAUAUCCCUGUCAAGGAAGGGGUAUUUUAUGGAGUCAAAAUUACCAAUACGUCCAACAAGGAUCUGUAUCCCAGCGUAUUCUUCUUCAACGCCCUCGACCUGAGCAUCGACUCCGUAUACGAGUGCGCUGCCGCAAGAACAGGCAAGGUAGACAGCCCGCUUCCAGCCAAAGGCUGCCUGACCAUUGGGUAUGGUUCUGGAGGCAGUGAGCCAUUCGACUUUUGCUUGUCCCAGGACGUCGAAGUGUCUUUGCUCAAGUUUUUCAUUGCGGAUCGAUAUGUGGAUAUGAGUCACGUCGCUCAGCGCUCUGCAUUCGAGAAACGCGGCGGCAAGGAAGGGGAGGGCUUACACGGAAAGGAAGAUGCUUGGUGUACUACCGUUGUCAGCGUCGUGCAACGUCGGCCUACCAAUUAA